AUGUUUCCAUCAUUUACGAGUUUAUCAGAUAGGGAACAUAAGCGUCAGCAAUUACUGCGUGAUAUUGAACGCGAUCUUGAAAUUGAUAACGCUAAGAAUCAAGCAUACUCGGAGGCAAUAUGGAUUAGUGAUGUUGAUAAAGCGAAUAUUAGCUUAGUAGGUAAAACAUCAACAUCUUCUACGCAGACUGAACCAAAUACACAAGGAUCUACCCCAGUUUCUUUUUAUGGACCAUUACCUCCUUCAA